AUGCCGCGCACUUCUCAAGAUUUGCGCAGACGUUAUUUCUACCGUGUACGAAUCAUUGGAGAUUGCAGCGCUGAAGAAAAAUCUAGGAUUGUAAUAGAACCGGAAGCUCCAUUAAAGGCUGGUCAAGACGUGAUACAUUUGCGCAGACGUUAUUUCUACCGUGUACGAAUCAUUGGAGAUUGCAGCGCUGAAGAAAAAUCUAGGAUUGUAAUAGAACCGGAAGCUCCAUUAAAGGCUGGUCAAGACGUGAUACCUGAAUACUCCACAAAUUCCAUAGAAAAGCCUGCAUCAAAACCUCGGAUCAAAAAGAGAAAGAAGACGACCGUACGGCACGUCGAUAAUGGACAGCAUUUGUGGAUGAAGCCAGAGGUUUCUGAGAGUAAGAGAGAACCGAAGAAGAUCGAGGAAGAACAGGAUCGGCGUCGAGAUAUCCAGGAACGACAACGAGAACAGGCGGAACGACGACAAUUAUUGGAAGAGCUUAGAAAGAACAACGAACUGAUGGGAAUGAUGGGAAUCCAGAAAAGACCGAAAAAAGUGGUUAGAAAACGUCCUUACCGCAGAGAACAGGCACCUUAUGUGCAUCGUAAAGCGAAGCCACGCAAAGAACUCCACAAACAGCCAAAAGCAACGAGGAACAGAGUGCAAGCAACAGGAAGAGGAAGAGUUCCAAAAAAGAGGAAGAAGUCUAAUGUGGUCCUGAAACGACCAUGGGCUUACGUUGGUGAUCCAACAUUACGUGCCUACAGAACCCGGGAGCAAACACAUCUAAGCGAUUUCCAUUUCUAG